AUGCAUUCCGGCGUCGAGUCUCUCAAAAUAUGCAUCCUUGGGGCCGGCAUGGGAGGGUUGACGUGUGCGCUCGCCCUCGCCCGUGCUGGCUUCAGGGACGUCACAGUCUUUGAGAUGGCGUCCAAGCUUGGCUUCGUUGGAGCGGGUAUACAAAUGGCGCCGAACAUGGCUCGCGUGCUUGAUCGCCUGGGAGUGUGGGACGAGAUCGCCAAGGAAGCUGUCAUCCUCAACGAGACAAGUAUUCGACAAGGCGCCACCGACGACGAGCUCGGCCAUGUCGACCUGCACUACGUCAAAGAGGCUUACGGCUAUGCACAUUUUGUCGGUCACCGCUCAACACUCGCUGGCGAGCUGUAUAACGGGUGCUUGAAGGAGUCUGACAGGAUCAAAUUCAACUUCUCGACGACAUGCGAGAAUAUAAGCUUCAAGGGCAGACCCAGCUUCACGGCUGUUCCACGCAGCGGCAUGGACCCGUAUCAGGUGCAGUGCGACAUCUUGCUCGGUGCCGACGGAGUCAAGUCCAACACGCGCGUCGCCAUGCUGAGAGAACUGGGCGUGGAAGCGGAAGUCGUGGACACCGGCCAGGCGGCGUAUCGCAUCAUGCUGAGUCGCGAGCAGAUGUCCUCCGAUCCGGAGUUGCUAGCCCUCAUCGAUGCAGACAAAGUGAUAAGGUGGAUCGGCGAGAAGCGGCACAUCAUCGCCUAUCCGGUCUCCAAGAAGCAGAUAUACAACAUCUCGACAACACAGCCCGACGUGAAUUUUGCUGCUGCCCCUUCCGCGACCUACACCACCAAGGGCUCGAAGGUUGCAAUGCUGCAAGUUUUCGGCGACUUUUGCCCGAUGAUCCACCGCAUGCUCGACCUGGUACCUGAGGGCGAAGUGUGUGAAUGGAAGCUGAGAGUGCAUGCGCCACUCCCGACGUGGGUGCACGGGUCAGCCGCUCUCGUGGGAGACGCCUGCCACCCUACUCUGCCCCAUAUGGCCCAGGGGGCGGCACAAGCGAUCGAGGAUGCCGCUGUCCUCGGUGUAGUCUUGGGCCACCUACCAUCGGGCGCGGGGCCAGCAGAGAUCAACAAGGCGCUGAAGCAGUAUGAGAAGGUGAGGAAAGAGCGUGCCGAAACACUCGUUGAGCUAGCUGCUGCAAGUGGUCGAGCACUACAUCUCGGCGAGGGCGCCGCAAAAGAGGAGCGAGACAGGCAGUUUGCAGCUCUCAAGGACAAGAAGGGUCCGGUGCCAGACAAAUGGGCCGAUGCGGACGUGCAAAAGAAGGUAUACGGCUUCGACUGUAUGCAAGUAGCUGAGGACUUGGCGCGGGCGGAACUGAACGGGCACUGA